AUGGGUCAACCGAAAUACCGCCAGAUGACUGCACAGUUCAAAGGAAAAGAUGGAGUUGAGCUGAAACGAGAACCAAAAGACGACCCCCUUGUGUACAGAUACGGCUCCAACGGCAUACAACAAGUCGAUCUCGAGAGGCGACUGCUCACGUACACACUAUUCGUUGAAUUUACCGAUCCUGGAAAAGCGAUAAGGAAGCUCUGGAGAGUUCUUGACAAAAUGAAGGUCUUUGACCAGUGGGAGGCGUACCAGGUGUACGGGCUUGCUUCCGAUGUCAGGUUUUCAGAGACUAUGGACAAGGCGUGA